AUGUUGGGUUCAGAGGGAAAAAUGCAGAUUCAGGAAAUCCUGGAUUUGAUAUUGUUAGGGGAUGAAAUUUGCCUAGCGGUUGAGGAGGCCAUGUCGUUCAAGGUGGAAUGUGGUGAGGUAGGGAAGCGAGUGAAUCGGCUUGCACGAAUGCUAAAGACCCUGUUCAAGGAUAACUUUAAGCAUUGCCAUGGCCAUCGUCAAAAUUGCAAGCACCAAAGCAUACUUCGCAGACUAGUCUUCACCUGCAGCAAUGCUAUUGCUACCCCUUUUCGCAAUCUCUUGCACGAUUUAGAUGCUUCUAUCAGCGAUAUGGAGUGCCUGGUUACCUUCUAUGACCCCCAAAGCGAAGCCAUAGACCCAAUGGUGUACAAGAAGCCCGUUACAUUUUUGGUCUGGUCUCUUAUCGCCACUGUCCAAAUGGGGCGGCAAUUGGAUGAUCGAGUCAAGGCUGCUGAAUUUCUAGCGUCGCUUGCUCUAGAAGAAGAAUAUAAGAAACUCAUUGUUGAAGAAGGUGGGGUACCUCCAUUGCAAAAGCUUUUGAAAGAGAACUCUCCAUUGGUUGCUCAAAUCACGGCAGCUAAUGCACUUUGCCUUCUAGCUAAUGAGCAGGAGAGGGAGAUGAUUAUUAUGAAGGAAAUGAUUUCUACAAUUAGAAAUCGUUUAUCAAGAACAUCACAUAUACGGGAUCAAAUCCAAGCGGCCAAUUUGGUUGCCAGCAUUGCGAGGCAUUAUCCGGAGGUAAAGGAAUACUAUUUAAUUAGAGAGGAAGUAAUAUGGUGGCUGGUACAAUUGUUGUCAUCUGAGCCAUCUACAGAUGAUCCUCCAACGAAUUUAUGUAAGUUGAAAAUUGGUUGUUCUAAGGCUUUAUGGAUGCUAGCUCUCGGGAGUGUUUUGAAUUGUAGGACAUUAACGGAGACAAAAGGAAUGCUAUGCUUGGCAAAGCUGGUUGAAACGGAACAGGAUGAAUUACGGUACAAUUGCUUGAUGAUUAUAAGGGAGAUAACAGCUGUUGCUGAAUCAAAUGAUGAAUUUAGACAUUCGGCCUUUAAGAGUACUUCUCGAGCUGCCAAGGCUGUUGUUGAUGAAUUAUUGAGGGUAAUCAAAGAAUUUGAUGAAGCAAAAUUGAGAAUUCCGGCAAUCAAAUCGAUUGGUUCACUGGCAAGGUCUUUUCCAGCCAAAGAGAGUCGAGUAAUUAGUCCUUUGGUGGCCCGGCUAGACGAUACAGACCAACAAAUUGCAAUGGAAGCUGCUAUUGCCUUGCAAAAGUUUGUGGUCACUAAUAAUCACCUUCGUUUGGAGCAUUCCAAGUCAAUCAUCGAAUUCAACGGUGUACCAAUGUUAAUGAAGUUACUUACUAAUGGGGAUAAAAUGUCACGGCCGUAUGGAUUAACUCUGAUGUGCUACCUUGCACAAUAUGAUAGCAAUAGCAAUGUUCUGAUAAAAGCUGGAGCGUUGACUGCUCUUGAGAAUGCAGCUCGCCUAGUCGCCGCCGAACAUCCUGAGUUAAAAGAAUUGGUCUCCAAGGCAAUAUCCAUACUCCAAUCCAACAAAACGAUAAGCAUGAAGAGUUGA